GUGGGGUGGGGUAGGGCGGGCGGCGGCGGGCGCUGCCGGGGCGAGUGGUGGAGGGGCGUGAUGGGGGAGGCGGCCGUGGCUGCAGGGCCUUGCCCGCUGCGCGAGGAUAGCUUCACGCGCUUCUCGUCGCAGAGCAACGUGUACGGGCUGGCGGGCGGCGCGGGCGGGCGCGGGGAGCUGCUGGCCGCCACCCUUAAAGGCAAGGUGCUGGGCUUCCGCUACCAGGACCUCCGACAGAAAAUCCGGCCCGUGGCCAAGGAGCUGCAGUUCAACUAUAUUCCCGUGGACGCGGAGAUCGUCUCCAUCGACACCUUCAACAAGUCGCCCCCAAAGCGGGGCCUGGUUGUGGGGAUCACGUUCAUCAAGGAUUCAGGGGACAAGGGCAGCCCGUUCCUUAACAUUUACUGCGACUAUGAGCCUGGCUCUGAGUACAAUCUUGACUCCAUUGCCCAGAGCUGCCUGAACCUGGAACUCCAGUUCACUCCUUUCCAGCUGUGCCAUGCAGAGUUGGAAAAUUCUAUACGUGGACUCUACCUCACAGGCAUUCUAGACUUCUUUGCUUUCAGGGUCCAGGUUGGGAACCAGCUGGACACAGUGUUUCUCCUGAGUGGGAAUGACCCGGCCAUUCAUCUCUACAAGGAGAACGAGGGGCUGCAUCAGUUUGAAGAACAUCCCGUGGAAAACCUCUUCCCGGAGCUCACAAAUCUGACCAGUAGCGUCCUCUGGCUUGAUGUCCACAAUCUCCCCGGCACAUCCCGGCGACUCUCCGCUCUGGGUUGUCAGAGCGGUUAUGUCCGAGUUGCCCACGUGGACCAGCGAAGUCAAGAGGUUCUGCAGACAUGGACCAUCCUGCAGGACGGCCCCAUCUCCCGAGUGAUCGUGUUCAGCCUCUCAGCCCCCGAGGAGACCCAGGACCGGCCACAGCGGGAAGAGUACAGCGUGCUCGUGGCCAGCAUGUUGGAACCAGCCGUGGUAUAUCGGGACCUGCUGAGCCGGGGCCUUGAGGACCAGCUUCUCCUGCCCGGCAGUGACCAGUUUGACAGCGUCCUCUGUGGCCUGGUCACCGAUGUAGAUCUGGACGGGCGGCCCGAAGUCCUGGUGGCCACCUACGGACAGGAGCUCCUCUGUUACAAGUACUUCGGCCCGGAGCCCGGGCUCCCCGAGGCCGAGCGGGGAUUCUGCUUGCUGUGGCAGAGAGACUUCUCCAGCCCACUGCUGGCGCUGGCACACGUGGACCUGACCGGGGACGGGCUGCGGGAGCUCGCCGUGGUCUCCCUGAAGGGCGUGCACAUCCUGCAGGGUCUAGCCUCAGACGCUCCAGCCAGGGUCGCACUCUGUCCCUCAGCACAGCCUGGUCCAGGCCUCGGAGCUGGUCCUGACCCGGCUUCGGCAUCAAGUGCAGCAGAGGAGACGACGUCAGUCACAGAGGCCUGGGGACGGGGUGGGUCCAGAGCCUGCUGAGACCCCAGGCUCCUGAGCUCCUACCCACUGCCCGCCCCAGACGCUGGUGUGGUUCACUGGGGCCGUCACCUCCAGCCAUUCGUGGUAGGGAAGCAUCCUGAAGGAGAGGAUGGUCUCCCCACACCCUCCAGUGGUAGAGCUGUGGGUUCCUGCUCUGGCUGUGCCCUGUUGUGCCCUGUGAGCCCGGCUGACACACUCCUUCUCUGUGCCUCAGUGUCCCCAUUUGGAAACGGGGUGAUCCCCCCCCCCAACUCCUGCCCCUCUUCCGCCCCUAAUGAGGGUUGGUGAGCCAAUGAUUAUUUAUAUGUCCGGAAGAACCAGA